GUGUGAGGGAGGGAGUGAGUGAGGGAGGGAGUGAGGGUGUGUGGUGGUGUCUUUCUAUAUUCUCUCCCGUGGAUCUAUUUUUGGAGACUGUGAAUCAAUCAUAACCCUCUGCAUGGAGGUGCCUGCCGGGCUGCAGUGUUAUGGACGUGCACCGGUUUGACGGAGGGAACGCAUCGCACGAUUCGCUGUCGGGGGAAAUGCGAUGGUCGCUAUGCGUCCCGAUGGCAGACACGGUUACUUUCUCCUGGCCGCGGUUUGCCUCUUUGCAGCAGCCUCAUUCUUCGACGCCUGGGUGACCCUCAGGCUCCUCUUCUACUCGGCUGUGACUGUGAGCAGCCUCUUGCUGGGCACCUUCCUGGUGCUGGCCAGGCAGAGCAACCUGAAGCCCGUGCGCUUCCCCAGGGACAGGGACAGGGGCUGUGUGUCUCAGCUGCUUGGCCAACUCACGGGCUGUCUUUCAGGAAAUUCACCCGAACCUGUUCACACACGAAGAGUGGUCUUUUCGCACAACAUGGAUAAAGCUUUGAAAGAAGUGUUUGACUACAGCUACAGGGACUAUGUUCUUUCCUGGUAUGUGGAGAUCAGCAAAGAUGAAGGACAGCUGUACCACAUGCUAUCCGAAGAUUUCUGGGAAAUAGCAAAGCAACUGCGCAUUCGAUUGAUGAAUAUCGACAUAGUUAAAGUUGUUUGUAAUGAUGUCGUUCGGACUCUACUCACCCACUUCUGUGACCUCAAGGCUGCAAAUGCCAGGCAGGAGGAACAGCCCAAGCCUUUUGCCCUACACCCAUGCUUGAAGAGCCCCGAAGAUGAGAGCCGAUUCCUGCGCACAUGUUCACGAGUGCUGGUGCUCUGUCUUUUAACCACAAAAGAUGUCCAUUCUCGCAGUCUGCGAAUUGUUCUUGCAGAAAUAUUAGCCAUGAAAGUGCUGAAGCCCAUGGUGGAGAUGUUGAGUGAUCCCGACUACAUUAAUCGAAUGCUGCUCACUCAGAUGGAGCACAGGGAGCACGUGAACGAGCACCACAAGAAGGCUUACUCCUACUCUCCAUCCUACGAGGAAUUCAUCAAACUUAUCAAUAGCAGCUUCGACGUGGACUUCUUAAAGCAGCUGAGGUAUCAAAUUGUCGUUGAAAUAAUUCAGGCAACUACAAUCAGCAGCUUGCCACAGAUGAAGAAGUCAAAAGAUAGCAAAGGAAAAGAAGCUGCUGCUAUGAAAGCAGAUCUCCUGCGUGCUCGUAAUAUGAAGAGAUACAUCAACCAGCUCACAGUUGCCAAGAAACAGUGUGAGAAGCGAAUAAAAUCUCUGGGGGGUCCAGUGUAUGGCCAGCAAGAGGAUGGUGUCUGCGAUGAAACAGAUGCACCUUCGAACCAAAAGAUUCUUCAGCUUGAAGAGAUCUUGUCAAAUCCAUCCUACAGGGAACAUUUCCGUGUGUACAUGGAAAGGGUGGACAAGAGGGCUCUCAUAAGCUUCUGGGAGUCAGUUGAAUACUUGAAAAAUGCAAACAAGACCGAAAUACCUCAACUGGUCGGUGAAAUCUACCAGAAUUAUUUUGUGGAAAGCCGAGAAAUUCCUGUGGAGAAGGCACUUUAUAAAGAAAUUCAGCAAAGCCUCGUGGGUAACAAAGGAACGGACGUCUUCAACAAGAUUCAAAGUGAUGUUUAUGAAACUCUAAAGGACCGGUAUUACCCAUCGUUCCUUGUAAGCGACUUGUAUGAAAGACUUAUUAAAAAAGAAGAGGAGAAAAGCACUUUACAAUCCAGCCCUGACAGCAGAGAUGAUGUGAAUCAGGUGUGUGAAAGUGGCGAAGAGGUGAUGGACGAGGGGAGCAGUGGCAUCAAUGAGCAGGCCAGCUACGCUGUAAACAAACUACGGCAGUUAAAUGAGAAACUUGAAUACAAGAGACAAGCUCUGGGCUCGAUACAGAAUUCACCAAAACCUGACAAGAAGAUUGUUACAAAACUGAGGGAUGAAAUCUGCACGAUGGAAAAGGAGCACAGUGACCUCCAGCAGCACAUUACCCGGACAGACUGGUGGUGUGAGAACCUGGGGCAGUGGAAAGCCACCAUUAGCAGCAGCGAGGUUGUGGAAGAGAAUGGGGAGCAAAUGCCCUGCUACUGGCUUGUGGUGCAGAUGAGUCCAUCCGAUCCUGAAAACAAUGGCUGGACAGUAUCCCGAAAGCUCAGCGAGUUCCAGAAUCUCCACAGGAAACUCUGUGAGUGUUUCCCGACAUUAAAGAAGGUUCAGUUGCCUUCUAUCAGUAAACUACCCUUUAAAUCCAUUGACCAGAAAUUCCUGGACAAGUCCAAAAAUCAGCUGAAUAAUUUUCUCCAGAAACUCCUGACCGACGAGAGACUCUGUCAAAGUGAGGCUCUCUACGCUUUCCUGAGCCCCUCCCCAGAAUACCUGAAAGUUGUUGAUGUACAGGGGAAGAAGUCAACAUUCUCGCUCUCUUCCUUUUUAGAAAGGCUCCCUGGAGAUUUCUUCUCUCAUCAAGAGGAGGAUACAGAGGACGACAGUGACUUGUCUGAUUAUGGGGACGAGCCCGACUGCAAAAAAGACUCUCUCGCCGAGCCUUGCUUCAUGCUCAUCGGAGAGAUCUUUGAGCUGAGAGGAAUGUUCAAGUGGGUUAGGAAGACGCUCAUUGCUCUAGUUCAAGUUACAUUUGGAAGAACGAUUAACAAGCAAAUACGUGACACAAUCAAUUGGAUCAUCGGUGAGCAAAUGAUCGUUUAUUACAUCAAUCUCUUUCGAGAUGCCUUCUGGCCGGAUGGCAAAUUAGCGGCCCCUACAGGCCCCAGAAGUGAGCAGCAACGACUGGAGACCAAAAACAAGGCACAGCAGAAACUACUCGACAACAUUCCAGAUGCACUGCAAAACCUUGUUGGCCAGCAGAAUGCUCGACAUGGGAUCAUUAAAGUCUUCAAUGCACUCCAAGAAUCCAGUGCCAACAAGCAUCUCCUCUAUAUGCUGGUGGAGCUCCUAUUGAUUGAGCUGUGCCCAGAACUACGAACUCAUCUGGAUGAGCACAAAAUCUGCCCAAGUUGAUCCAGCACCUCAUCAUUAUAUGUGAAUUGAUGGAAGGGAUUAAUGGACAUGAAGUUGUUGUUUGUUUAAAAAAGCAACUUUCCCAGAGGAACACUUGGGCUGAAUAUGUUAAUAUUUGGUGUUUUCCCCUCUUACAAUGACUGAUGUAGCACAAAGUGAAAUGACCAUGUCCCAGCAUUGUGAAAUCAAUGCAUAAAAGCUACUUUUUCUUUUUUUCAUGAAAUCUGGUAGUUGAUGUUUCUUUAAGAAGUUCAAAUGCCAGUAAUUAAUGUUGUGAGAAACUGAAUAAAUAUUUUUUAAGGCAACUUGAGGAUUGUAUUAUUUUGUUGUCGGUGGUACAGACCAGUGUCGUAUAAGUUGCAAUUUCCUCACAGAGGACUUUUGAACAUUCCUUUCUUUGUUGGUGAUCGUUGAAUAGCCUCAGUGUGCAAUAUUUAUGUAGAACUAUUGUGAAUAUUUUAUUGUUAAAUAGAGCUAGAUUUUAUUUUUACCAAAGAUUUUAAUGGUGUAGAUGAUUUAUAAGCAAUAAAUUAUGACAAAACAUUGAAA